GAAGCAUUUUCUAUGCGUUUUGCGUCUCGAAUUUGUUCAAAAUCAUAUUCGGCAUAUCAAAUGACGUAUUAAAACCAAUUAAUACUAGAAAGUUGAAAAUAUUCUGAUAUCGAAGAUGGAAAAAUUGACUUCAAAAUCGAAAGUACUUUUCAGUAAAAGUGAAAUAAACAAGAGACCACUUCUCUAUGACAGAGAUAGCGAGGAUGAGCUUUUCGGUGAUGACUUUGACAUGGAAUUCGAAGGAGAAUCAACAUCCAGAGGGAUUGAAAACAGAGGAAACAGAGUUAAGAAAAAGCGCUCAGAGUCACCAUCUGAAAUGUUCAGCGACCGAAUGCGGAAUUCUGUGAUUUCACAUGACGCAUGCAAAACGGAAAUUCUCAUCCGGAAGGAACAAUUAAGACAGAAAACAAUUGAAUGUAUGCGACUGGAAAGAAAAUGCAUAGAAAAGGACCAAUUCAUUAAAAAUAAAAAUGAGUACAUCAAAAAAUUGAGGUUUCUCAAUGAAGAAUUGCAGGAAAGUGUAAUUAGCGGCAUGGAUGAAGUCAAAGUAAUGAUAAUGAAUAAGAAAACCUCAUUAAAGUCAAAGGCUGGGAGUGAUCUUUUGGCCAACGCGGCCAUUAUACGGCCAGAGCCAAAUUUUGCCGAACCAACGCGAGAUGUUGAGCCAAAUGUUGGAUCUUUGUCCACAGACCAGAAAUCAAUUCAUUUGGGACGAGGAAUCUACAUUCCAGUAGACGCGUACGCAAAAGUGAAAGUAAUGACUCGCUCAAAUCAGCAUUUCGUGAAAAGACUAUCGUUGGCUCUUUUCGGAAAACAAACUCUCUUAAAAAGUACUAUUUCCGGUAAAGGAAGUAAUCGCAACAGAGGUCAAAAAUUACCGGAAAUGUCGCUCGAUGGCAGAAAACUCUUGGCGAUAAAAGACUCAUACUCUCAUUGGCUGCAAACGGAAAAAUACGUGGACGUUAUAAAGGCGGAAAUUGAAUCCUGCAGGAUUUUUAAUUACAUCUGUAAACAAAUCUCCGACAUGAAAAAACAGAAAAGAGAGAUAGGAGGAAAAGUGAAUAAAGUAAGGACCUCUCAAUCAAAAAAUUCCGAAAUUUACGAUAACGAUAUUGAAGUUGAUACUAUUGGAAGUGACGAAAGUGGAGACGAAGAAAGCCGAGAAUUAGUGCAAUUCACGGAUACUGGAAUUAAGGUUGAAAUGCUCGAGAAUCCGGGCGAAAUUAAAAUCGAAAAUUUGGAUAACGUUGAUUUUAUUGAAGUCGAUGACGAAGAUUUAAAAAUAUUUAAUCCCGUAGAAUAAGCCGGCGGUUCCAUUUAUUUAUUUUUAAGAAACAGUUACUGAUUUCAUUCAUUUCCAAAUUUUUUCGUGA